AUGUCCAUGGUUGUUUCUGCUAUAGACGGUAAUUGGUACGAUGCGCGCGCAACUUUCUACGGGGACAUGAGUGGUAAAGAGACCAUGGACGGAGCUUGCGGAUACGGAGACCUUUUCAAACAAGGGUAUGGACUAGCGACGGCGGCGCCGAGCACGGCCCUUUUCAACAACGGACUUACUUGUGGUGCCCGCUUCGAGAUCUUUUGCAACAACGACCCGAAGUGGUGCAUUCCGAAGGCCGGCUCGAUCAUAAUCACCGGGACAAACUUUUGCCCUCCGAACUACACUAAGACGCAGGACAUCCGGUGCAACCCUCCGCAAAAGCAUUUCGACCUUUCUAUGCCAAUGUUCACGAAGAUCGCGUACUAUAAGGCCGGAGUCAUCCCCGUCCGCUAUCGCCGCGUCUUGUGUUCCAAAAGAGGAGGAGUCAAGUUCGAGAUUGCGGGAAAUCCGCACUUCACCCUCGUGCUAAUUUUUAACGUAGGCGGCGCCGGAGACGUGAACGCCGUGAAGAUCAAGGGCUCGAACACUCAAUGGAUUGCCAUGACUCGCAACCAGGGGCAAAAGUGGCAGACCGGAACUGUUUUGACGGGGCAAAGCUUGUCGUUUCAAGUCACCGUAAGUGAUGGGAAGACAUUGGAAUUGGACAAUGUGGCACCUGCUGGGUGGCAAUUUGGGCAGACAUAUGAUGGGCAAAAGAAUUUCUAG